AUGAAAACAAGAGGCAAAAUAGGCAGCGGAGGUGGAUUAAUUGGUGGGUGGUUUAGUCUCGGUAGUCUCGGUUUACCUGCGGGUCUUUCUCUUAUACAUGUUCUUCUUCUUCUUGGGAUUCUUCGGUUCUUCUCUAUUCACUCAACAGCUUCGAAACAGGGCUCAUCAAGUCUGACCCGUAUUGACAGUAACAAGAGAAGCUCUUCUAGUGAUCCAGAAGAUGCACAAAUAGUUUACCUCAAGGAUAAUGUCACAAUUCAUCCAACUCAAUAUGCCACAGAGAGGAUCAGUGGGCGUUUGAAGUUUGAUCAAACAAGCUGGAGUAAGACAAGCCUUAAUUAUUGGGAUACCGUCUUUAUCAAUCUCCCUAAACUGGAAAAAAGGUGA